AUGUUCCAUCUAUCUACAAAUUUGGCGGGUGAGCCGAAAGCCCUCAUACGGCAUCUGCCAAUUUCCGAGCAAAAUUACAAUAUAGCUUGGGAUAUUCUUCAAAUCGCAAGCAGUCUUAAGGGCAUACAUGAUGUUACAAAAGAAUGUUGUUAUGGAUUAGCAGCUCAAGGUAUUGAUGUUAAAUCUUGGGACGCCAUAAUGGUUCACGUAAUUAUUAGAAAGCUAGACAAAGCUUCACAUACAGCAUUCGAGCAAUCGUUAGAAGACAGCCGAAGAAUAAUUCCAUUAAAAGAAUUAUUGCGGUUCCUAGAAGGAAGAUUUCAGGCACUCGAAUCAAUGACGAAUGGAAACCACAAACAAAGUCACAAACCACGACAUCCAGCAGUAGCACUUGCAGCUACAGACUCAGGAUCAAAAUGUAUUACUUGCAAUAGUAGUCAUCAAUUAUUUUCAUGUGAAAUUUUCAAACGUAAAUCCAUACAACAGAAGUAUGAUUUACUAAAACGUCAUAAAUUAUGCACAAACUGCAUGAAACCUGGUCAUAUGGCAUUACAAUGCUCCAGCAGGGGUUGUACUAUAUGCCAAAGAAGACAUAAUACACUGUUGCAUCAAAAUAGACACCCAGUUCAACCAUCAAAUCAUAAGUUAGUAGAAAACAUUUCAAGGCCACUUGCACAAACAACUCUAAUGUCAUUCAUCAAUCAUGGUCAUACCAGUUGCGUUCUUUUGGGAACAGCAAAACUUUUAGCCUGCAACUCUAACGGAAGAACAGUCGAGUGCAGAGCAGUACUGGAUUCAGGUUCACAAAUAAAUAUUGUGACUGAACGACUGGCAUCCAGAUUGGGGCUGCAAGUAAGCUCCAGUUCGAUUUGCAUCGAAGGCAUAGGGAUAGGUAAAUUGAGUUCUAAAAGUCGUACAACACUUUCUGUGCAAUCAAAAGUGACCGAUUACAAAGCAAUACUUGAAGCAUUUGUGUUGCCAAAAAUUGUAUCCAAUCAACCAUCGCAACACUUACAAAUUUCAAAUUGGAAUCUGCCCAAUAACAUCCAAUUAGCAGAUCCCACAUUCCAUAAGUCUGACAAAAUUGAUAUGUUGUUUGGAGCAGAAUUUUAUCAUCAACUCCUAAGUCCUGGUCAAAUACAACUUUCAAGGGAACUACCAAUUCUACAGAACACUGUGCUCGGAUGGAUCGUAUCUGGAAAAAUCCAAAAUGCUAACACAAUGAUUGCAACAUGUGGAAUAGCAUCAGAAGAUAGUUUAGAAAAUGCAAUAGAACAACUCUGGAAGGUUGAAGAAGUUGAUACUCACUCAAAGGUCUUGUCAAUAGCAGAGCAACAAUGUGAAGCUCAAUUCACUCAAACUACAUAUCAGAAUGUUACGGGACGAUUCAUCGUACGUCUUCCUUUUAUAAAGGAAGUGCUUAAACCCGACAGUACUACCACUAAGUUACGUGUGGUAUUUGAUGCAUCAGCCAAAACAACAUCAGGGCAAUCUCUCACUGAUUUACUACACAUCGGACCAACUGUUCAAAGUGAAUUACUGUAUAUUUUAUUACGAUUCCGUCUUCCUCGCUAUGUGUUUACAACAGGCAUUGAAAAGAUGUACCGACAAAUACUUGUACAUCCAGAAGAUAGACAAUGUCAGCUUAUCGUUUGGAGAAAUGAACCAAGUCAACCUAUAAAAUACUUUGAACUCAACACUGUAACAUAUGGUACUAGAUCAGCACCGUAUCUAGCAACCAAAUGUUUGCAAGCUUUAGCUGAUGACAAUAUGCAAAAUUAUCCAUUAGGUGCAUCUGCUCUCAAACAAAACUUCUAUGUAGAUGACUGUUUACACGGGGCAGAUAGUCUGAGAACAUUGUUGGAAACUCAGAGUCAAUUAAACAAAAUACUGACAGCAAGCGGUUUUAAAUUGCGAAAAUGGUGCGCAAAUCAUCCAAGUCUACUACAAGGAAUUCCACACGAUGACUUAGAAGUCAAUUUAGAUUUAGAAAAUAAUAACGAUACAACAAAAACUCUUGGGUUAUCCUGGUGUCCAAAAUCUGAUAGUUUAUGCGUCAAGGUUAAAUUGGAACCUGUUUGCAGCACGACGAAGCGUGUAAGGAUGGAAAUUUUCACUAAUUUCCAACCUUCAUAUAACCAGCGUGGAAUUCAUAACUGA